AAAAGUAGCCAAACAUAUUAUAAUUAAUAUGAACAUAACCCCAGUUAUGAGUUUUUAGUCAAAUAAACUCUUACAUGAUGUUGAGAAAGUAAUGAUUUCAAAACUGCAAUUAACUUAAUGUCAAAGCUUAACCUGACAAUGAGAAAUCCUUCCUAAGUUUAUCAUUGUAUAUAUGAUUCAGUAAUUUCAUAUCCCUUUUCUUGGAUACGACUUCUGUUUAUUAUAUUUGCAUUAAUGUUGCAUCUGAAAAAUUUAUCUUUUUUAUUCCGACAUAUUUAAAGAGUCUAACCUAAAGUACAGGGUAUUCCUCAAGCUUUGGCACAGCAUUUGGGCCGUAAAGCGCCCAGGGUUGGCAUUCCCAUUUUGAGGUUAGUUGCUGUCAUAAAUUUUUAGUGCCCUGACUUGGCUUUUGUUUUGGAACUGCUCUGCCCUUCGUUUUUUUCGCAAGUAAAUUCUUUUGUUCGUUCGCCUGCUCUAAUUGGCAGCAUUUGAUAAAUGCAAUUGACUUGCACUUUUCAGUUUUUGUACAGUUUUGUUUUUUUGUGCUUCACUGGCUCAAUUUUAAUUGCUCGUUAAAUAGUUUUAAUGGGUGCGUGUCGCUUUAUGGACUGCAGCGCCAUUGUUGAGUCAUUGCGAGUGCAUUAAGAGCCAAAGCCUUAAAGCCGGGCCAUAACAUUUUGGCCAAAAGCUAAGCCAAUCUAACGCAGCCGGGGGUGAUUUUGUAGCGCGUGUGGAAAAUUGUGAAAAAGCAAAAGAAAAAACUUGUUGGAAAAUUGUCAACGACAAGGAGCGACAACCACAAGUCGAAUUGACUUUGGCGCUUUUGGCUUUGACACGUUGACAUACAAUAAAGGUAUUUGCCUUGGCCACGCCCUAAGCUCAGCCCGCCCCCUCAUACAGCUUACAGCGAUUGUCACAUGGAAUUUUCAUCACCCGAAACGGCGACGUGUCACUCAAUCCUGUGAAAAGGAGGCAGGAGCAAGAGAAGAAAAAUCCUGGCAUGAGUGGCUCAUGUCAUCAUGUAUAUUGAACUUAGCGAACGGUUUCUUCGUUCUCCCGUAUCUUUAAAUCCAAGAAUCGCUGGGCGUAUUCUCUUUUUAUAAUCGUUAAUUUAAGAACAAACCGAUAAAAAAACAAAUUAAUAAAUUUUAUCCAUUUCAUAUAUAGUUUCUUAUUAUCUGCUUUUGCCACAGAAUCAUUUGAAUGUUUAUAUAAACAAAAUAUUUGUAUAAAAGUAUACAACAAUGUAUUAUAAGUCCGAUGUACUUUUUCCAUUCCAUACUUUAGACACCUUUUAAAAUCAUUUUAAAGCCCUUGUGGUUUUAAUGUCUUUUUCUAGGAUUAUUAAUUAGCAAAGUGUAUACGUUUCUCUAAGGGGUGUACAACGUUCGAUAGACUGUUUUUCUUUUUCCUUUGAAUUUUUCUUUGCCAUAAGCUUUUCUUUUUCCCUUUUUUUGGCCUGCGCUGGUUUCACACUGAUUACACAAACGUGAGUAAGCUGCUUUCAGCAUCGCGUUCCACAUGCAAACAUCAGUUCAUGCAUUUAUUCAUGUACUCACUCAUUCAUUCAUUCACUGCUUCGAGAAUGUAGUCAUUCAUUUUCAUCAUUUGUAUGUUGUUAAGUCAGCAAAGGGAAAGAAAAAAGACCUGGGGAAAAACUUAACGCACUUUUUUCUGAUUUGCACUUACCCAACCCCUGAUUUUCUUAUCUGAGCUUGUGAGUGUGUAGGAUUUCCUUGAAGUUUUCUUUUCUCGUUGGUCAUGGCAGCAGAUUGAACCUGGCUAACUUUAUUCAGCUUGCUUUUAGGCCCGGACUACAGGAGCCGAAGUUUGUUAAUAAUUUUAAGUGAUUUACCAGAAUGAAAACCAACAGUUUUUUAAUUGCUCUUUCAGGUUGAAGAUAUUCGGUGAACACUUUUUCCCAGAAAUGAAAGGCCUUAGUUUAUUUCUAGCUAAGUUUGCAAUAAAUUUGCGUCAGCACUUUUGGGCUCUUCCAACCAUAAAUAUUCUUGGAAAACUGGUUAAAAAUACCUUUAUCUAUUCAUUUUAUUUUAAGAAUAAUUCUUCGUAAUCGAAUUCAAUUCCUGCUUCGAUUCUUCGUUUUCGAAUUAAAGCCCUAACGAAUUUCUAAUGGUAUUCAAAGCCAAAUCAUUCUGAAAUCCCAGCUGAAAAAUGGAAAAUAGUCUUGGGAAAUGAAUGCUUUAAUUGACGAACAAACCAACUGCCACACAGGUACACGCACAGAUCAAAUUUCAAUAUGCUAAUACCGAAAAAAAAAAACAGAAUAGAGACUCUGUGGUAGCCUUGUGGCAUUUUUAGAAUGCAAAUUAACGCCCGAGAUGGGAUUCAAAUGAAAAAUGCUCCUGGCCAGAAUAGAAUAUUGAUGUUAUCCCCAAGUACACCAGUUAGUUGCUGUCGUUGUGUGGUUAUCAAUAUGCCCAAUAUUCCAAUCUAUAACACAUCCACACACCAGCUGACAUACAAAGAGCUACACUCGCAUAUUGUAUCUGCAUUUAUGAAAGAGCCGAAGUUUGGUGGGGGGAAAACGGCAGCUGAAACUAUCAAAAUGCAUGCCAAGAGGCAAACAACAAAACCAGGCAACACGAGCAGCCGCAACAUGGCAAACAUGAAACCGAAACCGAAAACUGUAACUAAAACUGUGGGGAAAAUCACCUCCCAAGCCGCCCACACAAAUGCUUACUCCAGGCAGCCAAUGAAAACAAAAAAGCAAGAACGGGCAAAAUUUGCAUGCAUAUUUACAAACUUUCGUUCGGAAAAGUCAAAAUGAUGGCAGUACAGUUCGCAAAAAAUAUACAGUUUUUGAAGACUCUCAAUCCCGAAAAAAAUCAUAAUAAAGUUAGUGGCAUGUAGAAAUUUUUUUUGUAAAAUCUUAAAUUGGAAAUUUUAGCUUGUGCACUUGGAACUUUCAUUAAAAUCAAAAAUUCAUCGAAAAAUCGUGUAGUGAAAGAGUAGGGUUGCACAAUUAACGCUUAAAAAAAUUAAAAUUGUUUGUUAAGGUAAAUACAUAUUAAGGCUUUUUCCUGGCAAACCAAAUAAUAUUUCGUUUUGCCACUAAAAGCCCUAACAGUUACUUUAGAAAAGACAAAAUUUUUUUGGGUUCCUUUUUUGAGUUCAAUGCUUAGACUUUAAGACCUUAUUUUUUAUAGUGUUAGAGCGCCAGCAUUUACAUUUUUCCGCUCCUUUUGUGAUCCUGCCUCUCUGUCAAGCCGCAUUUGAUGUUCGUUUUGGCAACUAUUUGCAAAUGCAAAUUGCGAACAUGCAACAGGGACAUGUUGCGUAAAUGUCAAUGUUGCAACAAAAAAAGAAACUCAACCAGGCAACAACCAAAUACACAUGCAAAUGUCUCUCUGACAAUUUCUCGACGGAAUUCCGCACAUAUAUAUGCAUGUGGGGGAGUACAGAUAUAGCUUCUAUGACGCUGAUAAGCAGUUCUCACCGGAGGGUUUUCCUCUAGCUGACUAACAAAAGAAAAUAAAUUUUCAAAUGGCUGGAUGGCUGGCACUUGAUUGACAGUAAAGUUGGACCGCCAAUUGCAUGGCAUAUGUGUAGGCGUGUCCAUAACGAGGAGGCGGAGAACUAGCAAACGGAAUUUUCUUUUGGAAUAUAAGAAAAUUAGCUGACCGUGUAUAACUGGUUAGAAACGAGGUAAAAUCCAGAUAACAAAAAAUAAGCUGUCAGCAGGCUACAAUGUUUGUCACAAUUUACUUUGUUUAAUAUUAAUUUUUCCCUAAAAAAAUAUUUCAAAGUUAGAAUCGUUUAGGGCUGAAAGUAACUUUAAGUCACUUAAACGUUUAGUGGCAAAGAAAUGUAUUUUUUUAAUUCAAAAACAUUUAAAAUCCGUGGCAAUUAAUUGACAAGUAAUUGCAGAAACAUAUGCUGGCAAUGUAGCCAAUUUUUGGAAAGUGCGUUCAUGGAGCCUCUGUCAUGUGAAAUUGGCACCAAACCGAACUGAAACCGAAACCAAAAACAGCAAAUAUAUUUCCACAAUUUUGGGAACAUCGUUGAGUUUCCAUUUAUUUAUGACUGUUUGGGGCCCGCAGAUGUUUUUCCUUCUUCCCUUAUUUUAAUGUUUUCCCCAUUCGCGAGCAAGCUUUUCGCUUUAUCAGCAGUUUGUUAUGCCAACUGGUCCACUUCGACAUCCUUCCUCUUUGUAUGUUUGAGUGUGGAUUUAAUUUUAUGCCCGCUCAAUAUUUCAUCUUUACUUUACGUACAUAAAUGCCACACAUAUAUAUGCAUAAGUGAAAUUUUUCGAACAGAAAUUGAAAUAUUUAUGUGUGUUUGCCUUAUUUGUUUUGUAUUGUCCUUGUUGUGCUCUUUAGCGUUGUCCUUUCGUUGUCCUUGCCGGCCACAUUGUCAUUUGCUUCAAGUGUCAAGCGCUGCUGAGUGGCCAACGAUGUCGCCAUUUCUGGCUGUUGCCCCCGCCUUCCGGUCUUUUCCUUCUUUUCUCUCCUGUAUUUUUAUCGACAGUGCUGAGAAAUUGAGACAUUUUUAGACCCACAUUUAAAUGAGUAUUUCCUCAGUCUUAAGUUCUAUUAAAAAAAAAAAACAAAACAAUUUUUAAAAUUUUUUUUGAAUAAUGGUUUCGGUAAGCACAAUAUUUUUUUUCUUUUUUUUUACAAAAAUUUCAAUUUUUUUGUAACUUUUCUCGAAAUAAUAUCUUUUCAGAAAUCACUAAGGUUCUGAAACUAGUUAAAAAUAGUUUAAGGAUAGAAUUCUGUUGAAUAUUAUGAAAGACAACGAAUAUUUUUGAAGUGAUUUCAAAACGGUGUUAAUAUUUGUGGCACGGCAUUUUGUUUUGUUUCUUUCGGUUAGUAAGAAUAUUGUUUAAUAAUGUUUUGUUUCUCAUUAUUGAUAAUUUAACAAUAUUCUCAAUAUAAUGAUACAUUAAGAAUUUCUUGGCACUACUUGCUUAGAGGUAUUUUCAAUUAACGGUAACUUAAUAUAUUUAAAACAUAAUUUUUUAACAGCGAUUUGUUAUUCCCGCUUUGCCCAACACUGCUCCUGAAGUCCACUUCCCAUUUUUGUCCACUCCCUUUUUCGGGGUAUAUUUGCGUUGGCGGCAAAGUGUCUCGUCGCCUUCGUUUUCCUUUUUUUUUUGUCCACCAUCUGAAAAUUUUCUGUUUGUUUUGCAUUUUCCGCUUUCCUCCUGCGGUUGUCCUUUUCCCCUUGGUUCCUGGUGAUAUAUUCAGAUAUUUCCAACGCUGUUCCUUCAAUUUUUUCCCGCAUAUCUUUUGAACUCGUUUAUUUUUCCCGCUGUGUGUGACUGGGGGAGGAGAGAGUGGUCCUGUAAAAUGUGUUUAUGCUGCCCAACUGCCAUUUUCCCUCUCGAUAGCAUCUUACUGCCCGAACCCAAGCGUUUAUGUGGAGUGCAUAAUGGUUGUUUACUUUUUAGCCUUCCCUUUCUCUCUUUUCCUUCGUUGUGUGAAGUUCGGUUUCCCCAUCAGUUUUUCUUACGAUUUUCAUUCACUUUGAAGUCUGCCACCGUCAUUGGAGAUUUCUGCUGGGCAAAUUUCAUUUCAGUACUCUGACUAAGGGUUUUCGGACUUUGAUCGAAGCUGAAUUGGGGAAUUUACCAGGAACUUAAAGGUAUGAUAAUUAUUUUUUAACGUUAAAGAGCUUAUUGCAACCUUUUUUUAAGCCUUAAACAUUUCUUUGUAAUUUAAUUUGGUAUUUAAUAUAAAGUUUCUAUGUAAAAAGUAUUCCUUGCAAUUAUUCUAAAUUUAAAAAAGUAAAAGUAAACAUUAUUAGGAAAAUAGUAUUUUUAAUUAUAUUUAACCUGUACUGUUUCCCUUAAUUUUGCCAAAAGGGUAUUUCACUUUAAUGAAUCCUUCCCCUUUUCCUGUUUCUUCGGUUUAUUUUCCUUGGUCUUUCAUCAAAUUCGCGUACUCGGCUUACUCCACUACGGUUAUCAUUUUAUUCUCUAUGUGCGAGCAUCUUUUUUAGGUUUUUUUUUUUAUCACUUUGUGCACUGGCACUUGGGCAAAGCGACGCCGGCAAAGUGUCCUUAAAAUAGUCAUCAAAUAACAAGAACACAGCCACAAUGGCACAACUCCUUUUCCCCAGCUUUGUUGGAUUUUGUAUGCAUGUGCAUGCGCCGAGCUCUUCAUAAAAGGUGUUGAAUUCAAUGCCUGCUUUGAAUUACAGGCGACAGCCUGCAUGAAUAUGGGUAUUUGCAUGGGCUUUAAGUCUUUAAUUUGCCGGGAGCUGGAUGCCUGGGAAACGGCAGGCGGUCUGUGGACAGGACAACACUAAUUGGUCGUGUCGCAGUCACGUAGGCAACUCAGUUGUUCAGUAGCUCUAUCUGUAUCUGUAGCUGAAUCCGUAUCUGUAUCUGUCGGAUGGAGCAGGCCAAUCAAACCCACAGACUGCUGACCAGACGGCCAAACAUGUGUAUAUCGUUUAUUUUAUUUGUCAUCUAGAACAAAAGUCAAAUGCUUUGUAUGCAAAUAGCAAAAACCGAGUUACAGGAAACCUAAGCAUACGCCAAUGUCAGUGUUGUAUCCUGUAUCUCUGGUCAAUGUAUCUUUUACUUGAGCCAGUUUGUCACUCAUUCUGGCUUAUUCAGUAUUUGCUGUUUUCGGUUUUUGGUUGUGUGAUAAAAAUCUGGGUUUUGUUUAGGCAUUCAAAUAAAUAAAUGCAUGUUUUGCUGGCUUGUUUAUUAUGCAGUAUGCAUGACCACUUAUUCCUGAGGAUUUCUGCCCGUCAAAGGAUCAGCCCCAAAGUUGUAGUUGGCAAAGCUUCCUUGCAAACUUGUAAAAUAUUGCUAUUUGCAUACUCCAUUUCGAUGCGUUUUGUAAUACAAUUAAGGCCAGCUGCCUCCUCUUUUGUGUAUAAUCUGAUGAUCUCUUAUUUGACUUGCUUCGUUACUUGGUUUUUUUCUUUGGUUAGUUGCAAAGUUUUUAGCAAAUUUCUCAUGCAUAUAUGCAAAUGUGAAUGUCCUCUUUACGGUCACACAAGCACGAAGAUGGCAAGGGAUAAUCCUUGAGCAAACAGCCAUGGAAAUGUAUGGAAAAAGUCAAGCUGCCCAUGCGGAUUAAAAUGAAUAGUCCUAUUUGGCAUAUGCAGGUUUUCAACUAUUGUUCAUAUUUUAAAAUACGUUCUUUACUGAAUGCAUUAAAUUAUUCAAAAGUACAUUUUUUCAACCCGAAAUGCCAACUUUAAAACUAUCCCUGUUUUGGAGACAAAUUAAUUAAAAAUUGCAUAAAACGUAAACAAAUUUGCUGCGCUAACAAUGUUUCCUGCCGGCAACUUGCCGACAAAUUAAAUUCCUUGCGCGGACAACGUUCAAGUUAGUUACACUCUUGCACUCGGUCAACAAAGAUGUACGGCAAAUAAAACAACCGGAGGAACGGAGAAAGGAUGGCUGCAUCAACAAACCGGAGGCAAACAUCCAAAGGAUAACAGUCACGCGAACAACAUCAACAAAAACAUUCACGUUGCUCACGUUGGCCCCAUAAAAAGAGCUUUAACUUCAUUUUUGGUGGAGCAACGCAGGUGGUAGGAGCUCAAAGGAAGUACCCACUGAUUGAAUGUCCUUUUUUCCAGUCAGGAUAUACAGAUAACUACAUAACUCUGCAAAGUGCAGAGCUAAGAAAUGGAAUCUUGGUUAAGAGACUUUGAGGUCCAAAUGGAAAAGAUUUGCUCUUGAAUUUAUUAAUCGGUUAAAAGCCUUUAAAUUAACUUUUAACUUGUAUUGCUUAAAAUGCUAAAACUGUAUUCAGUCAAUUUCAAAUCCCGAUAACACAUUUAAAUAGGCUUAUAAAUAUCCAUACAAUGCAUUUUAUUACCUAUCAUAUUCAUAACCAAUGAGAAAACAUGUAAGUGAUAGCUCUUAUUUUAGCUUGAAUGGUUCUGCCAAAGCGAUUUUUGCCUAACUUUGCCCCAUUUAGCAACACCUUUCGAACUUGCAAAUUAAUUUUCUGCUUGGCCAAAUCACAAGCUGUUUAUUUGGAUGGCAAGACCUGAGAAACUGCAACUGCAACUACAAGCUGCAGAUGGCAGACAAAGCAAAAGGAAAUGUAACAUAUAAGCUGGCGUUAAUUACAUUUCCAUUCCCAUUGGCGAAAAUAUCUAUUUCAGGCCCGGAGACAAGUGCAACCGAGUUGAUAGAGUUACUCAAUGCCUUUUGUAGUUUGCAAGCUUAACAGCACAAAAAGCGAUUUUCUGCAUUUGAUAUUUUGUGGUUGUUUAUUGUCAACUUACCCUGCAAAUUGAAAAUUCGAUGUAGAU